AUGCUCUCUGAGCUGCUUUUGGACCCGGCCAUUCUGGUGCCUACUAUUCUUGUCGUUUAUUUCCUCACGCUCCUUUUCAAACGUCCUCUUCUUCCUGAUAUUCCUAUUAUUGGAUCUCAAAAGGGUGACUGGUUUCCUAUCCUUCAGGCGAAAUGGCGAAACACGAAGAACUUCCAAGCGGCAAUGUCUCAGGCACACUCUCAAUAUCGACAGCAUCCAGUGCUGGUGCCUGGUAACAUUAUACUUUUACCGUCUCAAGACGUGAAAUUCAUCACCAAUCAGCCUGACUCAGUCCUCGGUUUCAGUGAAAGAGCUUUUGAGAUAUUCCAGGUCGACUACACCUUUCCAGAUCCAACAAUCCCACGGGUACCAUUGCAUGAAAGCCUCCUCCGGACGGCACUAACGCCUCAGAUCGGAAGCCUGAUACCAAGUCUAGCUGGGGAGGCGGCUUGGGCUUUCGAAAAGCACUGGGGCACUGACAGAAACUCAUGGAACGAGGUAUCUGUCUUUGAGACAAUGCGACAUAUUGUAGGCGGUGUCGCCAAUCGUGUUUUUGUUGGGCGCCCGUUCUGUCGUGAUCCUAACCUGGUCAACAACGGCAUGGCAUUCGCAGUGGAUAUCCCUCUCAGCUCUACCCUCAUCAAGCUCUGCUGGAAGCCCUUGCGUCCGCUCCUGGCCCCGCUCAUCACCAUCCCCAACCGCGUACACACCCGGCGGUUUCGCAAAAUUCUAGUGUCCGAGAUAGACCGGCGUCUACAUCGCUACGACGCGCACCGGGAGAACCCUGAUGACGACUCUCUCGGGCCGCAACACAAUGACUUCCUUCAAUGGUCAAUCCAGCAGGCCAAGGCAGCGGGCGACCCCUACAUGUGGCGUAGCCAGACGCUCGCCGACCGUAUCCUGGCGGUCAACUUCGCCGCAAUCCACACGACGUCACUAACGUCCACACAGGCCAUCUUCGACCUCGUCUCCUCAGACCCGUCAUGUAUCCAGGAACUACGCGCCGAGAUUUCUUCCGUACUCGACGCCCACGGCGGCCACUGGACCAAACAGGCGCUGCGCGAGCUCGUGAAGCUGGACUCGGCCAUCCGCGAGAGCGUCCGCUUCAGCUCCAUCCUCUCCGUCGGCCUCGGCCGGGCCGUCACCGCGCCGGACGGGGUGGUGACCCCGUCCGGGGUGCACCUCCCCCGCGGAACCCUGGUCUCUGUGGCAGCGCACUCCAUAAUGCACGAGGAGGCUAAAUACGAAGGGGCCAAUACCUACACGCCCUUCCGGUUCAGCGAGCAGCGCAGCAAGGAGGGGCUGGACCACGUGCGCCGCGCCCGCUACGCCCUGCCGACGACAGGGCCCGACCUUUUGGUCUUUGGUCAUGGUAGGCAUGCGUGCCCCGGCAGGUUCUUCGCGGCGGCCGAGUUGAAGCUAGUGCUGGCGCAUGCGUUGCUGGAGUAUGACUUUGAGCCGCUGGCCACGAGGCCGGAAAACCAGUGGUAUGGGAUCACGUGUCUUCCGCCGACGGGGGCAACCAUCAGGGUUAAGAGGCGCGAGAGGAGACUUGAUGCCCGCUUGUGA